UGUUGUUUCUGGCCAUAAGUGUGACAUGAGAACCGCGAAACUAUGGAAUACUCACUACUGAUUUUAUUACGUUUUUAGAUUUUUUUUCAUAAAUAUAUGUAUAAAUUUUUCAUACAACAUUCUGUACCUGUAUGGACUGAACAAAUUCGUAGUUCCGUGAAAUUUCGUGAGUAAACUUAGGUUAGGAAUGAGAGGUAAUAGUAAAAUUGUUAUUUAUAUUACUCUUAUACACACUAUCAUUCAGAGUAAUAAUGUUGAUUGUUGUGUGUACAAAAUGUGGUGAAGCGAAUAGAAAUGUUAUUCAGAGAAGUUGUAGGAAUUGUCAUUUGAAAUUGUAAUAGUGCAAAUGCAAAAAAUAAUUUUGGGGAAUGGAGGAAAAUGAGAAAGAUGAAUCACUGCAGAAGAAUGACUCAAGAGAGAAUAAUCUACAUAAUGUUACUUUACGUGAGAAGGUACGAGUGGAAGGAAGGAGUGUCAAGUGUGACUAUCCAGUGCCUAAAUGUCGUGGUUUAAAACCAGCUGCUGGCACUCUAGAACGUGAUCUAUGGUGCUGGUACAGAACCCGAGCAUCUAAAGUACCAAAGCAUGUCAUUCAGUUGCGAGCUCGUUGGAUAUUUAAACAAGCUGGCAUUACAAAUUUUAAGGCUUCAGAUGGUUGGUUCAGACGUUGGUACAGAAGAUGGAGGAAAUUUAGUAAAGAGAGUGAUAACUCAUUUCAAGAAGCUAAUGAUUUAGAAACUUGCUUUUCAAAUGACAAGGAGGAUCAACAGAUUGAAAGUAUCAGUGAUUCUGUAGUAGAGCAACUUGCACCCUCUGAUGAGGUCCUGACAACAAACAGUGCAGACAAAAUUAUUACACCCUCUUUUGAUGAUCCUCUGGAGACUUCUUUUCCAUGUUUGGAACAUAAACGAAUUCCAGCACAUACUGGAACACCGUCUUCCCAAGAGAUAAAAGAAGAUGAAAAACUUUCUACUCCGAUUCAUGAUAACUUUGAAAAAUAUUCUCGUACCUCUAAAACUCCUAGACUGAAAGACUGUGAACUUAUUAAAUCUAAUUGUUCCCCUGACAUUGCAAGAAGAGGGAAAGUAUGCAGGAGACUGCCAGAAGUUGCUCGAUUGAAUGGUUGUACCACCAUUGCAACAAGAAAGAAGAAAGGAAAUAAAACACAUAAGCAGGCUGAGGAAUAUAACAGCAAGGAACGGGAACGUGUUCGGCACAUAGGGAAACGAUACCACCCUCAAUUUAAAGAGAGAGUUCUCGCCUACCUGAAAUCACAUACAUUUAAGGAAACUGCACGCAAAUUUGGAGUGCACCAGGCAUCCAUCAGUGCUUGGCAGAAAGAUAAGCUACGAUGUAAACAUGCAGAAGAAGGGGCAUCAUCAGGGAAUAGUGUGGACUCAUCUCCAGCUCCUGCCGACUGCCAGUUUCUAUCUUGGUUGCGCCGGGAGCGUGGGCAUGCUCUCACUGCAGCAGAAGUAAGGGCAUAUGCUCAAAGACUGGUUUCAUUGGCUGGAGGUUUGGCUGUGGUGGAGAGACAAGUACGAUGGUUUGCUCUAUGGGUUAACAGGUAUGAUGAAAAAUUUUAUGAAGAAGGAAUGGAAGAUAUUAAUGAUAUUAGAGUGUGUGAACGCCGCAUUCAGUAUCCUGCAGCUUUCAGGAUGGAAGUUGCAGCAUAUGCUGCAAAAUAUUCUCAAAUGGCUGCUGUACGUACCUUUAAUGUAUCUAGAAAACGAGUUUUUGAAUGGUUACGUUCAUGGCAAGAUGUAUCUAUUACAGAAGACGAUUCUCCUGAGGCAUCAGAUCCAGAAAUCCAACGGCAUGGAUCAGGUCGGGUAGUAACAGAUUCAGAAGUAGACCAGCAAGUUUGGCAAUGGUAUUCUGAUAGUCAGAGUCAAGAACAAGGGAAAGGUCGUCGCCCUUCUAGCCAAGAGGUUCGUGCUUAUGCUGCUGCUUUGUAUGCAAAACGAGGUCUUUCUACUCAAAUCCAAUGUUCUUAUGGGUGGUUUCGUCGAUGGUGUGAACGCUUUGGCGUAAGAUUACGCUAUUCAACUGAUGAUGAGUUGUUAGCAUGGGCCUUAGCUCAGCUUGAUUGCAACCAUGCUCUCUGUCAUGCUGAUUUGCAAGAGCGAGCACGUCACCUUUGGCAAACACAGCGCCCUGACUUUAAGGCAUCUCCUGGAUGGGCAAUUCGUUUUUGUAAACGGCAUCCAAAGUUAUUGCAGACUGUUCCAUCAGUUACCACUCCUCUCCCGGAGCCAUUGAGACCUUCAGUUACUCAGUUUCGAACAUCCUUGCGAGAUCUUGUGCGAACCAAUGCUUUAUCACCUGAUGCGAUUGGUAACAUGGAUGAACUACCAUUGGGGUUCUCAGCACCUCUUGCAGGUACUCCUAGGAGACAGUUACUUCUUCGUAAGCCAGGCAUGGAUUCAUGUCAUGCAACUGUUGUUUUAUGUUGUUUGGCUGAUGGAACACUUCUUCCCACAAUGCUUAUUUUGAAGGAUGAAGUGGAAUUAGCUAAACCUGAUUCCAAUGUUAUAGUUAUACAGCAGGAUAAUGGCGUAAUGGACCUGGCGUGCAUGCAAAAAUGGCUUCAUUUUGUCUGGUUUCGAUAUGCUCCAAAUCCUAAUCUGCUGGUUGCUGACAGUUUUGGCCCUCAUUGUGCAUCAGAAGUAACUGAUGCCUUCGCUAAAGGUUCCAGUUGCAAAAGACUUCUUAAACUUAUUCCUGCUGGCUGCAGCUCUAAGCUUCAGCCAUUGGAUGUUUCUUUGAAACGAACUUUCCAGCAAUAUUUGGAUCAUUGCUGGGAACGUCUUAAUACUGGAGCAGGUAUUGGUUGGGCAUGUGGACAACAGUUACGUCUGCCUUCCGCAAGGGAGUUAAUACAAUGGGUGACUAAUGCACACCACUACGUUAUGACAUCUCGGCAGGAAACAAUACGAAGGAGUUUUCUUGUUACUGGCCUGUUAGUGGCAGACAAUCACAGUGAAGAUCAUUUUAUAGAAAAUCCAGCAGCAUUACCACCUGAGACAGAACCUCCUGAAUUUGAGACCUGAGUUUUAGCAGGAUGAGAUUUGAUGCUGUCUCCUGCAAUGUAGUUUGUAGAUUGAUGAACAAGAAGUAACCAUAAUGAAUCACUAGUUUAUCUACUUGAUUGGUAAAGUAAUAUGAAGUAAUCAUUUGAAGGUGCACGUAAUAUCUUCACCAAACUUGUAAACUAAUCUUUCACAAUUUUCUAGUCAUAAUUCGGACUGUUUAUUAUAAAACAUAAUUUGAUACCUCAUGAAAUUUCACUACCAUUGCAACAGCAAAUACUGCAGUUUUGUAUAAUAAAAAAUUAAUGGCAACACCAAGCACAUUUCU